AUGUCCUGCUGCAAGCCCUGUGAGCCCUGCUGCCAGCCCUGUGGCCCAACCCCACUGGCCAACAGCUGCAAUGAGCCCUGCUGCAGACAGUGCCAGAGCUCCACUGUUGUCAUUGAGCCCUCCCCUGUGGUGGUGACCCUGCCCGGACCCAUCCUCAGCUCCUUCCCACAGAACACUGUUGUGGGCUCCUCCACCUCUGCUGCUGUUGGCAGCAUCCUCAGCUGUGAUGGAGUGCCCAUCAGCUCUGGGGGCUUUGACCUCUCCUGCAUUACCAACCGCUACUGCUGCAGACCCUGCUAGAGCUACUGGCAUUAUCCUAGGGCAAGAAGCCACAACAGCUUGGAACAUGGUGCUGGACAGACAACAGACCUUCAACACAAUGUGUUUAGCAUUUCAGAUAGUUGUUUUGUUUUUCUCCUCUCCUCUUUCUCUCUUCCCUUUACUGUGGCUUUUUCCCAACACCAACCUUCCCAAUACCUACCACCUGUUGGUCUCCCUCCCACUGCAGGACAGGCAGAUGGACACUGUGCAACAGCCUCACCCCAUCUUAGUGCCUGUUCUUCCUGUC